AUGAAUCGACAACCUGCGAACAUAUUGGAUCGUCCUCUGAGGGCCUCCAGAGCCGGCGACACCAUGGUUUCCAUGAGCUCCUUUGCCUAUCUUUAUAGCGAACUGGUCCAGUAUCAUCAGAAUCGCGUCGAUAGCAUAUCCGAAUUGGAACGUCGUUUGGAAUCCUCUGGCUACGGAGUGGGUCUAAAAAUGUUGGAGCUGCUUGCGUACCGAUCGCGGGAAUACAAGCGAGAAAUCCGAUUGAUGAAUGCCCUCCAAUUUGUUUCGACCACGGUGUGGAAGUCUCUCUUUGGCAAGCCUGCGGAUUCUUUGGAACGAAGUAUAGAUCAUGCGGACGAAUACAUGAUUGUCGAUUACGAACCGCUGACUAGUACCUUUGUCAGUGUCCCCUCUGACUUUGGACAAUUGAGCGUGGAUGCGUACAUGAGUGGGAUCAUUGCCGGUGUCUUGUCCGGGGCUGGAUUUUCGGCGCGAGUCACGGCGCAUUCGGUCCAACUGGAAGAAGGAGAGCACAGCACGGCGCCACCGUCCCAAUUCAAUAGCACCAACUUGCCACCUCGGACAGAGAAGGCUGUCUUUUUGGUCAAGUUUUCACCGGAAGUCCUGGAACGAGAUGCUGGAAUGGAUAGGUAG